GCCGCCCGCGCGUGCGCACUGCCGGUGGUUGGUUGCCAGGCCGGGCCGGCGCCUCCAGUGAGCGUCCAUGUUGCCGGGGGGGUUGACCUUCCCUCAGUUGACCCUGGCGGCCGUCGUGGGGGUGGCGGGCGGACUGUACAUCUACAGGCCGCUGUAUAAACAGUAUCGCCUGGAACAAGCCAAGGCCCAGGGCAACCCGGCUCCCGGCGCCGAGAGCGGCGGCACCAACAUUGACGACUCGGCACCGCCUCGGGCCGCGGGCGGCGACGCCGGUCAGAGCUCCCCGGCCACCGGCCUUUGACCGCUCAAUGUGAGGCAGCACCGUGGCAACCUGUACAACACCUCCCCGCUGUACAGUCUGCAGGGACUGAGCCUUGCAACUGUGCUGGCUCACUGCAGCUGGGCAUCGAACCCAUGUUCUCCAGAGAUGCCUUUAUCAUGCAAAUCAAAAUAUUGAAGCUGAAGUCACUGAGUAGGAAAUGGAUGAAUUCUGUUGAACGACAACUUUACACUGCUGAGUUGGACAAAUUACUUUUCUGCAACAAUUACAAUGGUUCAAGGAGAAAAAUGACCACUGCCUUCUUAACUAAGGAUGGACAAUAAAUGUUGCUUUCACCAACACCAUAAGACAUGAGAACAGAUAAUAAAGCAUUGCCACACAAAAAAA